UAUGCCUGGAAGAAACUCUGUAUAGAUCUAGUUGAGCUCUACAAGAAUAUAUUAUUUUUAUUGUUUUAUGAGAUGAUUAGUGUUUUUUUUACCAAAAUCCCUAAUAUAGAUAGAAUAUAAUUUAAUAUAAAAUAUAGUUAGUAGAAUAUAUAUAGUAGCAUCAUAUCAUCAUCAUAGUAUUUUAGUAGUAAUAGUUUCUUCAAAAAGAUCUAGGCUUAAAUAUUAAAUUAAAUAUAUUUUUUAAAGAUCUAUACUAAUACUAUAAUAAUAUAAUUAGUCUAGGUUAGAUCUAGGUCUAGAUCUAGAACCUAAGAAAUAAAAUGAAGAAAAAAAAAAUGUAGGCUUAUACUAGAUCUACUAAUAGUGAAUUUCAGUUAAGUAUAUGAGUUUUAGUUUUCAGAUCACUCUUCACCAACCCCUAUGUUCAAUUAUUAUAAUCCUCUGCCCAGGGUGUUGAUUAAACAACACUUGCUGGACAUAUGCACCAGUACUGACUCUACAGCUGAACUGAAGCACAGCAGAAACUAAAAUGGCAGCAAGUUUAAGCCCCAGAAAAAAGUCCGUAAAAUUACAGACACGCUUAGCCAUUACUGAAGAUGAUGAGAAAGUACUUGGGCGAACAACAACACUUAGAAGAGACAAAGCAGUUAAUUCAGAAAAGCUUCAAACACUUAAAUUAAAAACCCAGAAUAGUGCAUGGACACCUUUAGUGAAUAAACCCUCAAAUGAGCAGAUUUUUAAAGAAAGAAGAGAUCUUGUAUCACACUGGUAUGACGUUUGGACUGACUCACAAAGAAAGAGAUUUUUGGAUGUUAUAUUUAAACAGUGUAGCAGAUCUCAGUACAGCUUUGUGCAGAGAUGGUUCAGUGAGAACAUGGCCUUACAACACCUGGACUUCACCACAGUCUUACCCCGCUUCCUCUCCUGUUACAUCUUCUCAUUUCUGGAACCAAAAAGUUUGUGCCGGUGUGCUCAGGUUUCAUGGCAUUGGAAAUUUCUUUCAGAGCAGGAAGUUGUAUGGCUCCCGAAAUGUGUGAGACUUGGUUGGUUUUUGCCUUAUACACCUGCUGAUAAUGAGUAUGGUGCUUGGAAGAGACAUUAUAUUGCAUGCAUUCACACACUGGACUAUCAUAUCACUCGGAGUAGAUCUAAUAGUUUGGAUCGAAAUAUGCAUAGUCGUCAUUAUCAAAACAAGUCACCAAUCAAUACAGGCCGUAUGUCAAGAGUUGAUAGUCGCCGUUUGAUGGAUAUCAGACCUCCAUGGCAAGGACCUGAUUUCAAGCCAAAAGAUCUAAUAAAAACUAGCCUGGUCGCUAUUUCUGACCAAAACCCUAAUGAUCCAUUACGGCCCACCUCUGACUUGAUUUUUCACAAUAAAUUUGGAAUUCGCCGUACAGUUCCAGAAAAUACAUUAGCUACUAAAUCAUUAGACUUUGAAAUUGGAAUGGACUCAUCAGGACGCAGAGAAAAACACAGGAUGCUUUUGGCAGGGGAAGAUUACCAACUGCCUCGUGCUAACAAAUCAACUUUGAAAGAUCACAUAACAGCUGCCAAUCUUGAGGAGAGAAGAUUACAAGAUUUGGUCAAUACUGACUGGAUGCCACCAACAGCUUCGGUAAUGAAAAGCUUCAGGCCAAGUGCUCAGAAGAAGCACGCUCUUCAGCUGGGAGGUAACUUCACUAGCACAAACCCACGGGUUAUCAUCUUAUCUUCCAGAAUACCUGCAGCUGAGUUGUUGUUGGAUGCAGUUUUGUUUGGUGUCCUGCCUGUGGUUUAUGAAUAUGAAGGUACAACAGCCCAGUCUAUAGUUCAACAAGUAGAGUCUGUGUUGGAGGGGAGAAAUGCUCAGAGUAUAGGACUGUUCUGUCACUACGAUGAGCCAAGCGAACUUCAGCUAGCCCAUGGCUGCACAGUUUCUCUGGUAUCUCUGGCUGAUGAGGAAGACAGUGAGUCCAGGGAUUUCUUCGAAGCUCUGGUCAACCACAUUCUACCAGUAGAGAUGGGUGGACAGUUUGAUAUAUUUGUGCCAUUAGCUACCUCAGAAGAAGGAAUGGAGAUGAUGGUCCAGCUCAGUGUACUGACCAGCAUGCAGUUCUCUUCCCCCACUGGAUUGAUUGGUGUUUACAACCACAUCAACACAGAGUGGCUGAUCCCAUAUGAGAACAACAAACAACCACCUGGCAUGUACUUCAGUCAGACCAAACUCAAUGUGUGGGCCAACGUGGCAGACCAAGUGUCUGAAGCUGUUAAAGAAACCAGAGCUAUGAUGGACCCCUACUUUGAUAAGAUUCACCGUGACAUUUCAGCACAAAUCACAGGUCAGCUUGUGUUUGACGUGCUGGGACAGACAGACAUUCAGGGUGUCUCAGAUAUCACAGAUGUCUUAAGAGAUGGUCUCAAAGCUUUGGGAGAAGCCAAUGCUUCACACCCUUUAAAAUUUCUUGGUCGCUACUUGCUAGAGAGGGCAGGAGUGAGCACUGACAACAUGGGACUUACCACGAAAUCUCUUGGAAGUCUAAGUCAGUUACUUUCUAAUUCCUUGGAGAGUGAUGAAACUAAACAUGAACAACAGAAUGGAGACGUGACAUCCAGGACAGAAAAUGGAGAGAGGGAUCUACACGAGGACAUAACUGAAGAGGAUGAUUCAUCCAGAGAAAAGACAAAUCAUGAACAUGAAGCCGAAAAUUUGAAAGAUUCCCUGCAAGAAAAAGAUGAACAAAGUCAGGGUAAGAAAACACUGAAAACCAUGACGAUGGACCUGAGUAUUAGAUAUGGAACAAUGAGAGCCAGCAAGAGUCAGCGACUGACACCACAGCAGUAUGCAGACCACCCAGAGAAAAGGACGCCAAUAGCCUUUGAGAUCCUGACCAGUGAGACGGAGUACAUGAGAACCCUGAAGUCUGUGCAGGACGUCUAUGUCAAACCUCUCAAGUCUGCCAUAGCUUCCAACAGAUCUAUCAUUAGUGGACAAAAUGUGCAGAUAAUUUUCACAGACAUUAUGAACAUAUUCAAAAUCAGCAGAGAGCUGGAAGAGGACCUUAGAAACAAACUGGCAGACUGGGAUGCCCAGCACACCUGUGUAGGUGAUGUGUUUGUUCGAUUCUGUACCAAGCUCAAAGCUUACACAAAUUUUACAAACAACUAUGAAGUCAUCCUGCGGGCUAUAGAACGAUGCAAGGAGCAGACGCCAGCAUUUCGUGCCUUCUUGCAGAGACAUGAGAGGGUGCCAGAGACAAGAAUGCUCAUGCUCCAAGAAAUUUUCUUGCUUCCAAUUCGGAGAAUAUCAGAAUAUGUUCAGCUAUUGACAUGGUUUGAGCUGCACACCCCACGCACACACCCAGAUCGCCAGGAUUUAGCCAAUGUGAUCAACACCCUGACGGAACUUGAUAGGGGCAUGAGGGAGUGCAAGGUGAGAAUGAGCAGAGAGAAGGAGCUUGUCUCUCUAACCAGGAAGAUAAUCAACUGUCCAGCACUGCUAGAAGCCAACAGAUACCUGGUAAAUCACAUUGACGUAGCACAUCUGAGACCCCCAACUGACUCAGAAGUUCCUGAGUUCAGAGCGUUCCAAGAAAUCGCCAUGCUAGGACUGUAUCUUUUUAAUGAUGCCUUACUUAUAACAAGGAGAACAUCUAAACAUUUCCCAUUUAGUCGCGCUGUAGAAUUUACAUAUAAAUAUGAAACCAGCAUGUCACUGAAUAGAAUGAAGGUGUUAGAUAUUCCUGAUUCCAAAUAUGUGAAGAAUGCAUUUAAAGUAGAGACACCUAAACAAGCCUGGACAUGUGCCACUGAAACAGCUGAGCAAAAAUUUAACUGGGUCAGCAUUUUAGCCAAAACCAUCAGAGGCUCCAUUGAAAGGAAGUAAUGAGGUCAUUAAAUGACUACAACCAAUUUUAUCUUUUAUAACACCAUUGUCAAAAAGAAUUCCAGUAUUUUUGAAAACACAAAAAUAUAAAAUAACAUAAUUUUGGCCAUAAGGAGGUCAAGCAUAUUUAUCCAUUCUUCACUGAUUUCAAAUUUUUAUAAAUUAAAACUGUUUUAAGUCAUUGAUCAAAACUUUUUAAAUUCUUAGUUUUUUUCUAAACACAUAAAAUGAUGUUUUUUAAAAGUAAAACUGUUCUCCUAGUUCUUUAUUUAACAUUAUACAAUUAACCUGAGUAACUGCUUCCUUAAUGCCUGAAUAGCUAAAAUUUUUAAAACACCUUUUUUUCUGCAUGUAAAUCUGUGUGAUCUCUGGCCAGUAGAUUUAGAAAAUUAUCUCUAAAUAUUUUUAGUUAAAAGUCAUGUCCUUAGCUGUUGUUAUUUAUACUAUAUUUUUACCAGUAUUCAAUAUUUUAAAAUAUACUUAGUCUUUUUAUUAUGAAAAGCAGUAGUGCAUUAUAUUUCAAUUUAUCAAUUAAUGUAAUUUAUACAUGAGUAUUAUAUUUUCUUUUCACACAAAAGCUUUCUUUCUACUCAAUUCUACAGAAAUUUAUUCACACAACAAUGAUAAUAGAGAUAUAAAUAUGAGAAGACAAAAUACCACAUAAAAUAUUUUUCUCAUUUGUCCUUUUUCCCCUCAAUCCCCAGCUCCAAAUUAAACCCAAAAUAACUGUUUAAAAGAACAGAAAGAUUCUUUCAUUUGUUUAAAUAUCAAAUCUUCAGUUGACCACUAAAUUAUUCAUCGCUCUCAAACUUUAAAUUGUUUGGGGCAGAGCAUCAUGUUCUCAUAAUGAUAAAAUUUUGUUUAUUUCAACUAUUUGCUUGUCAGAAAAUGUAAAUCAACAAUUUUCAUCUAAACAUUCCAUAGUACCAAAAACAAUUUAGCCACUAUAUUGUUACAUUUUUAUUAAAAUAUGUGAUAUAUUAAUUAUUUUAUUGAAGUAAGUUACAAAUUUAAAACUUAAUGCACUGGGAAUGUAUACAGUCCAAUACAUUUUGUUCUUAAUUAGCAUUAAAAGUAUUACUACACAGUUUAUCAAUGUUAAUCAUAUGUAAAUAGUUUUUGAAGAUUAUUUAAGACAUGUUAUAGAUUUUCUUGUUAAAUGUAAAAGUACAUUUAAAAAUAAACUUGCCAAAUUUAUGUCGUUUAACAACAGUUUUUUAGAUCCACAUCAUUAAAGCUGUUUUUAACAAUCUUGUUUUGUA